GACCUUGCUGUCUCGACCAAUUUUUUAUUUUAGAGAAAACAGAAAAUCUCAAAAACCAUGGCAAGUUUUUAGAAAGGCUGAUACAUCAGGGACAGAAAAUUACUUGUAUUAUUCGGUUAUUAUUGCAAAAGGGCUCAAUCAAAGAUUGGUGAUGUUCUUCCUGUUUUAAUUUGAUUUCUUAUCCUUUUUACAUUCCUUCUUUCAUAUCCAAGAAAAAGAUCACUACAAAUCUCAAGAGAUAAAGCACUGCUUUGGCACCUUUUAACAUUAUCAUUUGUGCUUGAUCCAAUUAAUACAACAGCUGUUAUAAUACUGCUGAUUUCACCAAAACCUACGAGCUAUGGCAAACAGCUCCAAUUUCACUAAAUCGAAUUUCGAUUCCAAAUCAAGUCUGUUAUCAUCACUUUCAAGUUCAAGAUCCUUAUCAAAACAAUCCUCUUCAUCACCAUUAAAUCCAAACAACAGCUUUCAUCAUCAACGACCAGAAAAUGAAGCAUCUCCAUCAAGAAGUAGCUCAACACUGUCGGAAAUCGGUAGUCAAGAUGAUCUUCAAAUCAAAUCUUCAAUUUCGCCUGCUUACAAACUGAGGAAGACCACACCAUAUGGUCAACUGCAAGAUGUUAACAAAUCGUCUUCAAAAUUGCAUAGAAUAUAUUCAGAAAAUGAAACAUCAAACUUUAGUCAGGUGAAUGGCAGAAGAAUGUUUGAUGAUCAAAGGCACAGACCACACAGAACCAAAUUUUUUGAACGUCAGUCCGAGUAUGUACCAGAUAGUCCAUUACAAUUCACAGCUAGAAGUUUUUCAAACUUUUAUCAAGCAAAUACCGCUAUUGAAGCCCCAAAAUAUAAGGGCCUUGAAGAUGAAUACAUUCCUGACUUUGAUUUCAGUAAUACUAUUCAACAAUGGACUGAUUCUUAUUAUGCUGGUGCAAAUUACGAUCGUUCUUAUGAUUCUUCAUUGAAUGAUAGCAUGCCAUCAUCAAUGAUUUCACGUCCAUUAACUCCAGUUGGUAAACUUCAUUCUCAGGUCAGCCCAGUUACCGUUCCAAGACCAAAACGAGAGGGGCUCAGUAUUAAAACAGAUGAAGAAGGCUUAACAAAUGAUGAAGAAUUGAUUAUAGCCAAACUACCACACAACUUUACAGACUUACCAUUUUCAGUGAGGCGGAAACUACUGGCUGACCUUUCACCAAAUGGUAAUGUUGAGACAAUUAAUAAAAUUGUGAAGAAAAAAUUCAGAAAGAGACAAAAAAGUUCACCUGCAGUUCAAUUUUUAUCAAGUUUCAGUGAUCGUUCAUACAAAGCCGAUGAUAAAGAAAAUAUAGUAUUGGACCAUUCUUUAGGAGGAAUCAUUGGCUAUGGUGCUUGGGGUAUUAUAAGAGAAUGUACUUCACCUGAAGGUCAAACAAGGGCAAUGAAGAUUGUUCGUGUUAAAAAUGAUGCUGCUCGCGAGUUUUUCAAAAGAGAAACAAUUAUUUGGGCACAGUUACACCAUGAUAAUAUUUUAAGAUUAAUCAAUGUUAAAGAAUCUUCUAAUGCUAUUUACUGUUUAAUGGAUAGAGCAUAUGGUGGUACAUUAUUUGAUUUGGUUUCAAAAUGGGGAGUUUAUCCCUCAAAAUCUAUCCAAGCUAAAGAGAGACUAUCGAUAAUCAAAAGAUACACUAAAGAUAUUUUGUCUGGAUUGAUGUACAUGCAUUCAAAGGGAAUUGUUCAUGGUGAUGUUAAACUUGAAAACUGUUUGGUGACUAAUAAAACCUCUUCGGGAAAAAUUCUGUUGUGUGAUUUUGGUAUGAGUUUAAGAUUCAUGAACCCAAUAGAUUCUGAUGAAGUGACAUUGCCUAAAAACAAUACUAAAAUCAAAAGACGUCCCUCAAUUCCAAGAUCUUAUUCUGGAAAUAGUUUGAAAUCACCAAAGUCAUUACUGAAAAUUUUUUCUGAAAGAUCAUCAGCAAAUGAGGAUUCUAAAAUCAAUACAAAUACUGAUAAUCACCAGAAAGCAAUAGGUUCUGUCCCUGAUUCACCAUUUUCUCCAAAACCUUUUGAAUAUGAAUCCAAACAGCUAAUUGAUGCAACCCUUCCACACUCGCACAUUGGAUCGUUGCCAUAUGCUGCUCCAGAAUUGCUUGAAAGUUCACCACCACCUUUAGGACCAUCUGCUGAUAUAUGGGCGUUUGGUGUUCUGCUGUACACGAUGAUUGUUGGUAAACUUCCAUUCCAACAUUCCUUUGAACCUAGGUUACGUGCUAUGAUCGCAGCUGGUAAAUACGAUACUGAUUCUUUGAAAAUUGCUGCUCAAAACAACCAAGAAUUAUAUGACACUGUGGUUGGGUGUCUAACGAUUGAUAUGAAUAAAAGAUUGAACCUCGGUGAAGUGAUGACUCUGAUUGAAGGUGUUAAUAUCCAAGAAGAUGCACAAUAAUCUAUAAUGAUUCGUUAUAUUAAUGAUCAUAUAUGCUAGAAUCAUUCGUUGUCCUAUGUUAUGUUAUUUAUUCCUUAGCGGUUAUGAUUGCAAAGUUUAUAUAUUAUGUAUUUUGUUUACUAUUAUGUUCUAUAUAUUAUUUAUUAAUUGCAUUCAUAU